GAAGACUAGACACUCACAGUAGUUCACUAGCGAAAAUCCAGAACAGGCCGUCAGCGUCCUUCCGUCGAUGUAAGAAUCUGAAUCGAGGGGUAAAUUGUAUAUUGGAUGUAGAAACUAGAUAGCCUUGGGUAGCAGUAAAACAAGUCGACCUUAUAAGCCGUGUCAUGACUUACUAUCACAUCUAUCGGUCAUGACACCUAAACUGGGUUAUUGGAAAAUCAGAGGCCUCGCACAACCAAUUAGACUUCUUUUGGAAUACCUUGAAGAAACAUAUGAGGAACAUGCAUAUGAUCGUAAUGAAGUUGAUGCCUGGCGCAACGAUAAAUUUAAAUUAGGGCUGAAGUUUCCCAAUCUUCCUUAUUAUAUUGAUGGUGAUUUCAACUUAACACAAUCUAUGGCUAUCAUACGUUAUAUAGCUGACAAACACAACAUGUUGGGGGCUUGUCCAGAAGAACGUGCAGAAAUUUCGAUGCUUGAAGGAGAGAUUUUGGAUAUUAAGACGAGUAUUUGGACAAUCGCAUGCAAUAAGGAAUAUAAAACCCUCAAAGUUGAUUUCCUCAACGAACUUCGUGGGAAGCUGAAAAUGUUCGAAGAUCAUUUGUCUAACAAAACGUAUUUGAACGGUAACUGCGUAACUCAUCCUGACUUUAUGUUAUACGACACUCUUGAUGUGGUUUUAUACAUGGACUCACAGUGCUUGAACGAGUUACCAAAAUUAGCUUGUUUCAAACAAUGCAUUGAAGAUUUACCACAAAUCAAGAACUAUUUAAAUUCUAGCAGGUACAUAAAAUGGCCUCUGCUAGGCUGGAGGGCUACGUUUGGAGAUGGAGAUACUCCUUCAAAAUAGAUUAACAGUAAAUCUUCUGGAUACUUGUUCUUGAUUCAUUCAGUGCAAUGUCGAUAGAACAUAUUUAAUGCAGUUCUGGAUUUAUUUCAUUACAAUACAAUUCCGACGUUAAAAUGGGUUCCAAUACAAUUGCUGGGUACUAUAAUGCCGAUUUUAAAUACAAUACGACUAUGAAUUGUUAUAAUUCUAGUAUUUGUCCACUACUACUGUUACUUAAAUCUGUUACACUUUGUUUCUGUUUAUAAUUUCUGCACAUAUCAGUUAACUUAAUUACUUUGAAAUAUACAUUUGAGAAUAUCGUUAGUAUGAGUUUUCACUAAAUCCAUAGGUUAUUAAUCAUUCAGAAUAAUACAAAUACAAUAAUACUGUGUUGUGUUUUACUGAUGUCAACAGAUAUAAGUAGUAUGUACCGUCAAUUAAAAAUGAAAUACCUGGAAGAAGAUCGAAAAAAAGAAUGAGAACAGAAAAUGAUUGACGUGAGAAAAAAGGAACAGUCAAAUCUAAGACAAUGGAUUGACAUUUUACAAAUGAAGAACCUACUGUAUGAUUCUCAGAUUUUGAUGGAGUUAUGUUCUCUAAGCUGGAUGGUUUGGUCGUGGAGCUUUCAUUGUUCUUCUGAACGACAUCAUCAGCACAAACUUCAGAUAGAAGUGAAGCGUUCGAAUUUCUUCAUAUGUGGUUCACAGCUUGUUCUGUACACUUCGAUGUUGAUUGGUUCUUGUUGACCUUAAACUUGUCAUUGUCAAAGCUCCACAACUAAACCAUUCAGCUCGGAGAAUAAAACCCCAUCAAAAUCACCCACCUGAGCCACAAAUCUUCUCCAUCAUCUCAGUUUCUUAGAUUUCACUAAGAGAUUCUGUAAUUUUGUGUUCAAUAUAUAUUCAAUUGUUCCCAUUUGUGUUCUUGCUCACUAUAAUACUAUUAACUACCAUGUUUAAUUAUCGUAAAAACAUAAAACUUUAUUCAUCAUAAACAUUUAUACUAUAAAAAUUUGAUAGUAACAUUUAUUACUAUUAUUAUUAUAAAAUAUAACAUAUUUAACAAAUGCAUAUAGAUCCCUAUAAAAAGAACAAAACGAUUCAUGAUUUCAUAUUAAAUGUAUACACAUGUAUAUAAACACAAAUGGAUGGAUGGAUGAUAUAAAAUGUUUAUUUACAUUACAAAUUUUCAUAUCGUUAUUUGGUCUACAGACAUUUGGUUACAAACAAACCCAGAUUGAAUGAAUUACAAUAGUGUACUAAUUUUUUUUGAAUUUUCAAUAAUGUUUUUUUUAUAUGAUUGGUAGUCUGUAUUAAAUAAUAUAAACUAUACAUAUGUGUUAACGUGUGUACAUUCAACUUAAAAUACCCUGGUAAAUUUGUUUUGAAACAUUUAUAAGAUUGAAUACUAUGACGCUACACAUCACUUAAAUGUUUCAUAUAAUUAAAUUAUUAACAUGAUACUUUACAUAUUUGUUACUUAAACAGAAUGUAUUUUUAUUUUUAUGUAUAUAUGAAUAUGAAUAAAUAAAUUACAAGUGAAUAAUGG